GAAAAAGUAAAAGGGGGAAAGGGGAUUCAUUCGACGGAGGUAAAGACGAUCCAGAAUCCAGAAUUGAGUUAUGGAUCAGCUACAGAAUGAUUCUGCUUUUGUUCAAUCAAUGCAAGCUGCUCCAAAUCCAUCAAUCAUCGAGUUUCGUCAACCGCCUGCAGCUCCUCCGCCUAUGCCUUGCAAUCGUUCUCAAACCAUAUCCAGGGCUGAAGGGGAAAUCAAAGAUUCUAUUGCUUCAAGGAAACUUCAGAAAGCUGACCGUGAGAAAUUAAGGAGGGACCGACUCAAUGAACAUUUUCAAGAGUUGGGAAAUACGCUUGACCCUGAUAGGCCCAAAAAUGACAAGGCAACAAUUCUUUCUGAUACAAUUCAGUUGUUGAAGGAUCUAACAUCUCAAGUCAACAAACUUAAAGCUGAAUAUGCUACACUUACUGAAGAAUCUCGUGAGUUGACGCAGGAGAAAAAUGAUCUCAAAGAAGAGAAGGUGUCUCUUAAAUCUGAUAUUGACAACCUUAAUAUUCAGUAUCAACAGAGGCUUAGGGCUAUGUUCCCAUGGUCUGGUAUGGAUCACUCAGUUGUCAUGGCACCACCUUCAUAUCCGUUUCCAGUACCUGUGGCAAUGCCUCCUCCAGGGCCAAUUGCCAUGCAUCCAUCCAUGCAACCAUACUCUUUCUUUGGAAAUCAAAAUCCUGGGGUCAUUCCUAACCCCUGUACUACUUUUGUUCCAUUUAUGACUCCUAAUACCCUAGUUGAACAGCAGUCAGCACAACAUGUCUCUCAACCUGCACAGCCUGGCAGUUGCUCUCACACUUCAAGCAAGCAAGAUUCUAGAAACAAGUCAUCUGGGGAGAGCAAGUUUGAAAAAAAUGAGGAAUCUAAUGAUGUCACUACUGACCUUGAGUUAAAGACUCCUGGAUCUACACCAGAAAAGGAUCCAUCUUCAGGACAAAGAAAAACAAAGAAGUCAUUACGGAAGGAACGUGGUUCAACAGAAGGAAGUUUUUCAAGUAGGUGUUCUUCAUCACAGAGUGCACAGGAUAGCUCAUCUAAUAGCAUAGUAGGUGGCAAAAAGGCUGAUGACUCGGAGGGGGCGAAAGACUGAGAAACCCAAGUGCCAGGUUGUGCUGAACUUGCUGUAUCUAUCACUUUUUUUCAGUUUAACUGAUCACGUUUUAUAAUCUGUGACCUGCCACCUAAUUGAAUCACAUUCAAAUUUCAACAUCAUGAGGGUAAGUCCAAGGUUUGGAUCUUUUCUCUAACAUGGCAAGGAUGGUGCCGUGAGAUGAUCUUCUAUCCCCUCUUCUUCUGUUUGAACUACUUUGAAGCUGUACAAGUAAAAGGAAUACCAAAUUGUAUUGGAUAAAACCUCAAUUUACUAGAGAUCAGCUUAACGUUCUCCAAUGUGUUAAUCAGUUUCAAAUAAUAAUUUUGUUUCCCCUGUUGCAAAGUUUCCAAUAUUCGCGUGCAGAUGGGUUUGUGUGGGUACUAGGUAUGAUAUGGAUGGUUAUUGGCAGCAGCAAAGGUUGAAAUAUGGUUACUGAAAUCCUUGCACUGGAAUAAACCCGAGUCCGUACCAAAUUCUCUUCGGUAUUGAGCACCUUCCAGGUUUCAAUUUUGAUGAUGCACCAGACUGGAAAUUGGAUGAAGACAUUUACAGAGAUGUGGUGAUGAGUUGAAACCUGAGAAGAUGUGUCCUGCAAUGAACUGUCAAUUGUAUGCACACGAAGAUACUGUUGCCUUAAAUUAUUUCAUGCCAAGACAGACAGCGGAUGCUAGAUUAGAUGUGAUCUCAUUGUCUCACUGUGAAGAUAGACUGUCGCGCAUUUGAAGUUUAAGCAGGUUAUUGAUAAAGUUUAGUCAGGAUUUGUGUUAUAUCUGGAAAUAUUGGUUAUUUUGAUCCAUACGUUUUGGAACGAGACAUUGUCCAUCAUGUUAUAGAGAUCAUUGCAUUUUGGCCAAAGAUUUAGGGGUCAGAUUGAUCACCUAAAAAUCAAUUUAUUAUUAUUAU